AUGCUUCAUUCUCAACGUGACCUUUGUGGCACUCAACUUGUGCAAGCUCCCAAAGUCCCCAUUGAGGCCGGGUACGUGUGGAUUCCAGGAGCGGGUCGUGUGCGCCUCGCGUGGAUGAUCUGUUUGACUCUGUCUCCUAUCCUCAUCGUGUGUUGUCAUCAGAACAUGUUGGAUGCGGGUAUAGACACUGAGGUAGACGCACUGAAAGUCUUCUACUGCAACUGCAUUGAAGUCAUCACUGUUUCCACUUAUUUGAUAACGUUAGAGCUCGUAUCUCGCGACUUCUGAAAUGUCAGGUCUGCCUCAGUGGUUUCGAUAGGGUCUAGGUAAAGGAAGUUCGUCUACUUGUAUGUGAAUUUGUGUGCCUCUUAUAUAGGGGAUUACUGGUCCCACCUUGCCCUUGCCUACCUCCCUCUUUCACAUGAAUUUAUGUCGUUAUGACGGAGUGAGAAAUGAUGCCAACGUUUUUUGACACGCUUUACUGUGCUUGAAGAGAAUGCCUCUUCACUAGCUUGACUGAAAUUGUGGAAUGUCAAAGGACACAUAAGAAAAAAAGCAUAAUGAUACACAAUCCGCAGAUAAUCAAUUAGUAUCUAAGAAAAAAUUGCGAAUAUCAGCAGAUGGCUGAUUGUGCGACGUCUACAAAGAAGCUGUGAUAAAUAAGCAGUUACUAAAAAACAAAAUUAUGAAAUAAAAAAACUUUAACGUAUCAGAUAUGCUAAAUACGUUGCAAAGAUCCAAGUGGUUAAUUAGUGGUGCGUCUAAGGAAUUUAACUAAUCCAUUCAACCGAAAUUUUUACAAUUCUGGAGAUUUUCUGACGGUCGACCAGAUUUUUUGAUAGUUUUCACGACUGCCAUGGUGCACCCCCUGUACACAGACGUUUCUGAGUUCAUGGAAUAAAUACCAAAUUCCUGAACUACCUGCACAUGGUUCUCCACCGACAAAACCGUUUUCCCAAAAAAUACAGUUUACAGUAUGAAGAAUGGGAGCAGGUCUUCUGACAACACUACAGCCAGUUGCCCUUCAUACGGCAGAUUGUAGUUGACUGCCAAAACAACAGGCAGAUAUGUUUACUUCAGGGCAAGCCGUCCAAAUGACCGACCACGCAUUAUUUCCCACCCUCCCACUUCUUUCAGCUGACACUCACUUUCGAGCAUCGGUGCGGCGCCGACAACCCCUUCUUCGUGCGAACAUUUGGUUGGUCAGCCUGGGAACCACAACUGGCUCAUCUCCACUGCGGCAUAAUUUGUCGCCAGCUGGCCCUGGGCGACACAUGCCUGGUGCUGUUGACCGCACCUCAUAACCACCUCCGACCUACGCAGAUGUCGGUACCACAUACGGAGUCACUGGUACCCAGGGUGACCACAAAAGAGCCUGGAUUACCGUCCUCACAUGAAACAGCAGUGGAGGGGGGACGCGCCUCUGAGUUGCCGUCCGGAGGCAAAAUCAAACGGAAGGAAAGGAGGUAUGCAUCCCUUACGCUUUACCCCAUAAACGUCAUGUGGAUUAAUGCAGUGUUCUUGAAGCUUGGCUAAACUUGACUUACAUGUGCUGAGCAUGAGCCAUCUAUGCAAGCUGCGGUCAUUAGAGGAUGUAAAACUGGUAGGGAGGGCAGCCGUGAAGCACGGAGGGAAUAUGGGGCCCAAGUGCACUCAUCCACUGACACUGACUGAUCACUAUGUAACCCCGAUGGUAAUGAGUGAUAUCUGGAUUCUGCUGUAGUAAUGGAAGCAUAAGGCUCAGAUCGCAAACUGCAUGUCUCAGCAGGCUUUCCCACUCAUAUCAGGCGGCACCAAGGAUGUAAAAGUGUAGACGGGGGCGUGUUUAGGAUCAGUAAAAAUAAUUUGGAAGACGGCCGAAAAGAUUCCAAAUAGAGCUUUCUCGAUUCCCGUCUACUUCAAUCUAUUGAAAAGUUGACUCUACCUGGGCAAUAUUUCAGACGAAGGACGCUUCAGACAGUCGUUUGGUUUUAUCCGUCAGCCGUCCACAUCCCCAGCACAUACCAGAACGACCUGAUGUUUGACGCUGCGUGCAAAUUCUCGAUGAGGUUAAUGAUCGUCAGUUGCGCCACGAAAAUAAUCUCUCUCCACCUCCAUUGUAAGUCUAAAAUUACCUAGUUGUGAUGAAUACUAAGGUGUGCUGAUUGCAAAAUGAAAUGCAGACAUUCAGUUGACCCCUUAGUCCCCUUUUGGACAGAAACAAGCCCUUAAGCCCCCAUUACUGCCAAUGUGACUUCCAUUCUAUCAACCACCUCUCACUAUGUGACUGUCUCUGGUCCCCUAGACAAAAGAAAUUAAAGGCCGAACGGAACGCUCGUUCUCCGUCCCAUAGGCAAAGCAUGUUAUCUCAAAGACGGUUCUAUGUGUAAAUUCAGAAAUGAGCAUUGCUUGCCUGGUCUUGGUGUGCACUAUUCAGGCGUCUGAGGAGUAUCCUAGAUUUUUAUUGCAAAAUCUUCGAGCAAAUCGUUUUAAUACCUCAGAAAUAUAAUUGUGGAAACCCCACAGCAGAAAAUAGAUUCGGUCACUUGCAUUAUUUUUUCUCCCAAAGCAUCAAGGACGAUUCAACCGAACUCCCCUCAGCGCCUCCAAAGACAAAGCGACCGCCCGGAUCUGUGCCCAGUUACUUCUCCGCUGCUUCUCUCGCCAAGUCGCCCUUCGAGUUUGAGUGA